AUGCGCGCAGCGACCCAUGACCGCUUUGGCGGCAGCGAUGUCGUGACGAUCGCCGAGAUCGACGAGCCGGCAAUCGCCGACAACCAGCUUCUCGUCGCGGUUCACGCGUCGAGCGUGACGACGGCCGACUGGCGGCUGCGCGCUUCUGCGUUUCCCGGCGGCAUGUGGCUGGCCGGCCGUUUGAUGACCGGCCUUUUCCGGCCGCGGAACCGCGUCCUCGGCAUGGAGUUUUCCGGCGUGGUCGCUCGCACCGGUUCGAAAGUGACCCGUUUUGCGACUGGCGAUGCGGUCUUCGGCAAUGCCGGAUCGGGCGCGCAUGCCGACUAUCUUGCCAUCGACGAGGAUGGGGCGCUGGCCGCCAAGCCGCCGGCUCUGUCUCACGCCGAGGCCGCCAGUCUGCCGUUCGGCGCGGUGACGGCGCUUGUCUUCCUGCGCGAUUUCGCCAGGCUGAAAUCCGGCGAGCGAAUCCUGAUCAUCGGCGCCUCCGGCGGCGUGGGUGUCCAUGCGGUGCAGAUCGCGCGGCACAUGGGCGCCCAUGUCACCGGCGUGACCAGCACGGACAAUGUGAAGCUUGUUGCGGAUCUGGGUGCCGAUCGCGUCGUCGAUUAUCGCAAGGAAGACCUGAACGAAAUCGGCGGGAACUUCGAUCUCGUCUUCGAUACGGCCGGCAUUGUGCGCUUUGCCCGGGCGCGCCGGCUUUUGAACGCCGACGGGCUGUUCCUGCCGCUGGAGUUCGGCAUUGGUGACGUGCUGACGGCCAUUCGAUGCGCCAUCACAAGGAGCCGCCAGCGGAUCGGGCUGCACGUUUCGGGCGACGCGCAAUCCGAUAUCGAAGCGAUUGCCGACAUGGCCGCUGCGGGUGCUCUCAAACCGGUCAUCGACAGCCGCUACCCGCUUGCCGAGAUCCGCAAAGCCCAUGAGCGGGUCGAGACACGGCACAAGCGCGGCAGCGUCAUCGUCAACGUGCGGCCGGACGACGAGGCGCCGCCCGCCGCGUGA